GGAGGAGGCCCCGCCAUGGGGAACCAGCUGGCUGGCAUCGCCCCCUCGCAGAUCCUCUCGGUGGACAGCUACUUCUCAGACAUCCACGACUUCGAAUACGACAAGAGCCUGGGGAGCACCCGCUUCUUCAAGGUCGCCCGAGCCAAGCACCGGGAGGGACUGGUGGUCGUGAAGGUGUUUGCCAUUCAGGACCCGACCUUACCCCUGACCAGCUACAAGCAGGAACUGGAGGAGCUGAAGAUAAGGUUACACUCGGCACAGAACUGCCUUCCCUUCCAGAAAGCAACCCUGUCCGAGAAGGCUGCGAUGCUUUUCAGACAGUACGUACGGGACAACCUUUACGAUCGAAUCAGUACCCGGCCGUUCCUGAACAACAUUGAAAAAAGGUGGAUAGCUUUCCAGAUCCUCACCGCGGUGGACCAAGCGCACAAAUCUGGAGUCCGCCAUGGGGACAUUAAAACAGAGAACAUCAUGGUGACCAGCUGGAACUGGGUUCUUCUAACUGACUUUGCCAGUUUUAAACCAACUUAUCUUCCUGAAGACAAUCCCGCUGACUUCAAUUAUUUCUUUGACACGUCACGGAGGAGAACGUGUUACAUUGCUCCCGAGCGCUUUGUCGAUGGCAGUAUGUUUGCUACAGAACUGGAAAACAUGCGGGACCCUUCAACUCCUUUGGUAGACUUGGCAAAUAGCAAUCAGCGAACAAGAGGGGAGUUAAAACGUGCAAUGGACAUCUUUUCUGCAGGCUGUGUAAUAGCAGAGCUCUUCACAGAAGGCGUACCCUUGUUUGAUUUAUCUCAGCUUUUGGCUUACAGAAAUGGCCUCUUUUCCCCCGAUCAAGUCCUAAACAAAAUUGAAGACCGCAGUAUCAGAGAACUGGUCACUCAGAUGGUCCAUCGCGAGCCAGAUAAACGUUUAGCAGCUGAAGAUUAUUUGAAACAGCAACGUAACAAUGCAUUUCCUGAAAUAUUUUACACUUUCCUUCAGCCUUACAUGGCCCAGUUUGCCAAGGAAACGUUUGUAUCAGCAGAUGAGCGUAUAUUGGUCAUACGUAAAGAUCUGGACAACAUCAUUCACAAUCUCUGUGGGCAUGAUCGCACAGAGAAAGCCGAGGGAGAGACAAAAGAGAAUGGGCUGGUUAUUCUAGUGUCUGUGAUAACUUCCUGUUUACAGACUCUCAAAUACUGUGAUUCAAAACUGGCUGCUUUGGAACUGAUUCUUCAUUUAGCACCAAGAUUAAGUGUAGAGAUUCUUCUGGAUCGUAUUACUCCUUAUCUGUUACAUUUCAGCAACGACUCUGUGCCCAGGGUGAGGGCAGAAUCAGUGAGGACACUAACUAAAGUUCUUGCUCUCGUCAAAGAGGUGCCACGCAAUGAUAUUAAUAUUUACCCAGAAUACAUUCUGCCAGGCAUUGCACACUUGGCCCAGGAUGAAGCCACCAUCGUCAGACUUGCAUAUGCUGAAAAUAUAGCGUUGUUGGCAGAAACAGCUCUGAGAUUUCUGGAGUUAGUUCAGCUGAAAAAUCUGAAUAUGGAAAAUGAACCAAAUGGUGAAGAAAUGGAUGAAACAUCUCACCCUAGUGAUAAUUAUGACACAG